AUGUCGAAAGUGUGGUUUGUCACUGGCUCUUCCCGCGGUCUCGGUCUCUCCAUCGUCAAAGCCGCCCUUGACUCCGGUGCCUCUGUUAUUGCUACUGCCAGAAAGCCAGAACAACUUAACGGCCUCGUCGAAAAGUAUGGCCAUGACAGGAUUCUUCCAAUCGCACUAGAUGUCUCCAAUAACGAUCAGGUCAUCCAAGCCGUCCAGGCCGGACAUGCGAAAUUCGGCCGAAUCGACAUCGUCGUUAACAACGCUGGCUACGCAAACACUGCCUCAGUGGAAGACAUCACCAUUGAAGAUUUCCGAGCCCAGAUCGAUACAAACCUGUUAGGAGUCGUUUACGUCUCCAAAGCUGUCCUGCCGAUUCUUCGCCAGCAAAGAUCCGGUCAUAUUUUCCAAGUUUCUUCUGUAGGUGGCAGGGUCGGUGUCCCUGGUCUCUCAGCUUACCAGAGCGCAAAGUGGGCGUUGGGCGGGUUUUCCACUGUACUCUCGCAGGAGGUAGCCCCGUUCGGUAUCAAGGUUACUGUCCUUGAACCUGGUGGCAUUCGAACGGACUGGGCUGGGUCGUCCAUGGGCGUCCCGCCUGUGAGUGAGCCUUACCAGUCCACAGUGGGAGCCGUUGUCGAGAACCAUCGGAAACGUUCUGGGUCUGAGCCCUCCCUUCCAGAGAAGAUUGCAGAUAUAGUUAUAAAACUCACAGACGAGGCCGAGCCGCCUUUGCGUUUGUUGAUUGGGCCAGAUGCAGUGGAUUAUGCUGGGAGAGCAGCCGAGGCUCUCGCUGCAUCUGAUACACAGUGGCGGGCACUGAGCGUUACUUCAACAUAG